AUGAGCUUGCCUUUGGGAUAUACUCCGGCUCUUGGUAAGGUUUUGCCCCCAAACCCAGUCUGUCGUUUGAGAAAGUCAAUCUAUGGUCUUAAGCAAGCUUCACGACAAUGGUAUCAUUGUUUCUCUUUGGUUCUUCUCAAACAUGGUUUCAUGCAAUCCCCUGCUGAUAACUCUCUGUUUGUCAAAAUUUCUGGAGAUGUUUGCAUCGUUCUUCUUGUAUAUGUGGAUGACAUCCUUAUUGCCAGUAAUGAUGAUGCUGCGGUUUUGGAAUUGAAAGCACAUCUUCAUGAAACUUUCAAGAUCAAGAAUUUGGGUGCUGCUCGUUAUUUUCUUGGCAUGGAGAUUGCUCGCAGUUCUUCUGGUAUCUCCGUUUCUCAACGAAAAUAUGCUCUGGAUCUUGUAUCAGAUACUGGAAUGUUGGGUUGUAAACCUUCUGCUGUACCUAUGGAUCCGUCUAUAUCUUCAGCAAAGAUUCGGGAAGUCCUUUGA